AUGCCUCCUUUUCGCCUUGGCCUCAUUGCAGACAUUCAGUACGCCGAUUGUGAGGAUGGCACGGACUUUUCCGGCUCUGAGCGGCGUUACUUUCGGAAUUCCUUGAAGAUCACUGAGCGGGCUGUGGACUGCUGGAAUGCUAACGCCUUAGUCAAGACCAUUGCCAUUUUGACAGAUUUGCAGGUUGUUCAGCUGGGUGACAUCAUUGAUGGGUGCAACUCAAAACUGCAAGCAAGCGAGACGGCCCUAAAGAGGGUUCUGGAAGUGCUUUCAAGGAGUCCUGCACCCCGCUUCGACUUGGUGGGAAACCACGAACUUUACAAUUUGCCUCGAGACGCACUCGAACGUUGUGGCCUCCGCUGCGGUGAAGGACGACGGAGCUACUAUGCUGCUCACUUGGGUGACUUCUGGGAGGGAAUCUUCUUGGACCCCUUCGAAGUGGCGCUGAUCGGAGUGCCACAAGAUUCUCCUCAGUUUGUGGAAGCAACAGAGACGAUCAGAACUCACAAUCCGCAGGUGCUAACAGGGGCAAGAGAUUGGUUUACUGGCCUCCCAACGGAGAAGCACCGAUUUGUGCCUUAUAAUGGUGGAAUUUCUCAAACCCAGCUGAAGUGGUUGGAAUCCAAGACCUCACUGUUCGAGGCUGACUCGCGGAAGGUGCUGAUUUUCCUUCACGUGCCGCUUUACGAGCCGGCCACCAAAGCCAAGACAGUGGUGUGGAACGCUGAGGAGAUUCUGCACAUUCUUCAUACCCAUCGUGACACCGUUGUCGCCGUCUUCGCUGGCCAUGACCAUGAUGGAGGCUAUGCAGUGGACGAAGCAGGACUUCAUCACAUCACCAUGAACUCUCCCUUGACCGCUGAGGGUGAUUGCUUUGCGGUCUUGGAGUGCUACGAGGGCUGGGCCCACUUCAAAGCUCAUGGACGCGCCUGUGUUGAAAGCAACACACUGGGCAGCGGACGAGCAUACCCUGAACUUAUCUUGGCAAAAGGCUGGAUUUGCCUCUUAGUUUGA